GGUUCUCUGUGUAUGUUUCUGGAGUCCUGAGCCUGAGCUAAACAAAAGCAGAGGCUGACGGGGCCGCGGAGUUUGCCGAGACGCGGAGGAGGAGAGAGCGGGGCUGCGCCUGCCGGCGGCCGGGAAGCCGGCUCUGGCCACAGCCCACCCCCUUCGAGACCGCUCCGGCCCGGAGUGGGGGCGGGGGCCGCGGGGGUGGGGGAAAGUUUGCCUGGCCAUCCCCCUGCCUCCCCUCCUUUCUCCCGAUCCGUGCAUAUUUGCAAAAGGAUCAAGCCGCGAUUUAAGCGCCGGGAGCCCCUUUCUGCCUGGCCCCGGAGGUCGCACUGAAACCCACAGCCAGCUCGGGCUUCUUUCCGCCAAGUGGGAAGGAGGUUUAUUUUUCCUGCUUUUUGGAGUCAACACCCUUCCCCAGCCGCUCUGAUCCCCACCCUCACCCCGCCACCCCCUCGCGCCCCCUCCCCCUCCCCGCGCCCCAGCCUCCCACCAGCCUCUAAAGAGGCGAAGCAUUUUUUCUUUGGGUCUCUCUCCCGUCCCUGGUCAUCCUGAAAAGGACCCGGAGGCAGCUGGAAGGAUAAGCCUCGGUGCUCCCGGGCCGAGCCAGGCGCCGCGCCGAGAGCCGGGCUGCCUGCCUGCGGAGAUGGACGAGCAGCCCCGGCUGAUGCACUCCCACGCCGGGGUCGGCAUGGCCGGGCACCCCGGCCUGUCCCAGCACUUGGCGGACGGGGCCGGCGGCGCCGAGGGGGAGGGCGGGAGGAAGCAGGACAUCGGAGACAUCUUACAGCAGAUCAUGACCAUCACCGACCAGAGUUUGGACGAGGCGCAGGCCAGAAAACAUGCUUUAAACUGCCACAGAAUGAAGCCUGCCUUGUUUAAUGUGUUGUGUGAAAUCAAAGAGAAAACAGUGUUGAGCAUCCGGGGAGCCCAGGAGGAGGAGCCCACGGACCCUCAGCUGAUGCGCCUGGACAACAUGCUGCUGGCCGAGGGGGUGGCCGGGCCCGAGAAGGGCGGUGGGUCGGCGGCAGCGGCGGCAGCAGCGGCAGCCUCUGGAGGGGCGGGCUCAGACAACUCGGUGGAGCACUCCGACUACAGGGCCAAGCUGUCGCAGAUCAGGCAGAUCUACCACACGGAGCUGGAGAAGUACGAGCAGGCCUGCAAUGAGUUCACCACCCACGUGAUGAACCUCCUCCGAGAGCAGAGCCGGACCAGGCCCAUUUCCCCAAAGGAGAUCGAGCGGAUGGUCAGCAUCAUCCACCGCAAGUUCAGCUCCAUCCAGAUGCAGCUCAAGCAGAGCACGUGCGAGGCCGUCAUGAUCCUGCGUUCCCGGUUUCUGGAUGCGCGGCGAAAGAGACGGAAUUUCAACAAGCAAGCCACGGAGAUCCUGAACGAGUACUUCUAUUCCCACCUCAGCAACCCUUACCCCAGUGAGGAAGCGAAAGAGGAGCUAGCCAAGAAGUGUGGCAUCACCGUCUCCCAGGUAUCAAACUGGUUUGGAAAUAAGAGAAUCCGGUACAAGAAGAACAUAGGUAAAUUUCAAGAGGAAGCCAAUAUCUACGCUGCCAAAACGGCGGUUACUGCCACCAACGUGUCAGCCCACGGAAGCCAAGCUAACUCGCCCUCCACCCCCAACUCCGCUGGUUCUUCCAGUUCUUUUAACAUGUCAAACUCUGGAGAUUUGUUCAUGAGCGUGCAGUCACUCAAUGGGGAUUCUUACCAAGGGGCCCAGGUUGGAGCCAACGUGCAAUCACAGGUGGAUACCCUUCGCCAUGUUAUCAGCCAGACAGGAGGAUACAGUGACGGACUCGCAGCCAGUCAGAUGUACAGUCCGCAGGGCAUCAGUGCUAAUGGAGGUUGGCAGGAUGCUACUACCCCUUCAUCAGUGACCUCCCCCACAGAAGGACCUGGCAGCGUGCACUCCGAUACCUCCAACUGAUCUCCCGCCAUCACACCCGGCUGACCCCGGGCCCCCUGGGGCAGGGGCCGGAGGGAGGGUUUCUCUCCCCACACUGGCGCGGUCAGACGGGGUCGAAGCAAUCGGCAAACACAAUACGAGUCUCCUCUCCUGUCUUCUUUGGGAUGCUCUCUCAGCCAAUCUGGACUCUUCUUUAUACUCUCUUCCCUUCGUUUCUGGGUAGACGCGCCCCUCCCUGCCUCCAGCUGCCGGCCUGCUUCCUGCCCCCUCCCUCUGUCCUAGGCUCCCCGGGUCCCUGCCCUCUAGUACAUCACUGACGGAUACUUUCAACCAUUAGAGGAAUCUGAAAGGAAGCAAAUCACAAAGAAAAUAAUAAAAGCGUUUGUCUGUCUCCACGCUGUGGUUUGGGGAGCUCAAUGCCCUCUGACCCGCUCCUGGUGCUGGCGGCCAGUCCUCCCGUUCCUCUUGUUGCUCUCUCUACCUCUUAGCAGGAAAAGCCACCUGCCCUGCUCCCCCUCCCGCCUCCUCUGCUCCUCCUGUUCCCUGGGUGCUGGGGACUGUCCUCCCGUGGAUUCCCAGGCAGGAAGUCCAGGGCAGGGACGGUGGGAGCAGCCAGGGAGGGUCCCCUCAGGCUUUGCCCCCUCCCCCAACACUUGGUUGCAGAAAGUCUCUAGGACCAUUCAGCGUUCAGCCAGCCACCUUCAGCUCCUGCCGCGGACGGGCCUGGUCUGGGCAGCCAGGACAGCAUCAGUCAGGGGGAGAAGGCUCUGUCCUGCAGCAUGUGAACUGUCCCUUCACACCAGGCACACCAGCACAUGCCAACAGGUGCAGUCUCACCUGCACUUCCCCAAGACCAUCUGAGCAAAUGCCCACGCUCAUAGCCACCACGCUCUGGCCUGAAAGCCAGGAAGGGCAUUGGCAGUUCUGAGGGUCACUGUCAGGCCAGCAGUGAGUACCUGGUCUCUGGAACCAGCAGGUCCACCGGCAGUGCCCCAGUGCCAGGGCAGGACCUCACUGGUGAAGAUCAGUGUCCAGUGGAAGCCUCUACCCCACCGUGAGCUCUUGGGAGCCACAGUCCGCUCAGGAAGUCCUGGAUGGAGGUCGCCGUUGUAGUUGGCUGUCACCUUGGGUGCAGUGUAUUAGCUGUCCUGACUGGACCUGUUCUCGAUCCUGACCUCCUGCUAUAGGUGAGCUUGUUGCUGGCCUGAUUUGAAGAGACAAGAGCCAGGGGAAGGGGUCGGAGCGGUUUCUCCUCCCUGGGAUUGUCUGAGAGAAAAUAGCAGGUGCCAAGAGCUCUUCUUGCAUGUCCCCUGGGCUUGUAUUCUUCCCAGCUGACCUGCCAGCUGACCUCGGGAAGGGGUUAUGUGGGAGGCGGCAGCCUUGUCUUCACCUGGGACACAGGUGAGAGACUGAGAUUGACGUGCUCACGCCCCAUCCGUGAAGUCGGGGAUGCAGCGUCCCAAGAUGGGCUGGUUCGUACCUCGCAGGGACAACAGUGGUUUUCUUUUCCUAACUUCUGGUUCCUUCAGUCCCCUGUGUCACCACCAGGAUGACAGAGAGUUGGUCGUAGGGGUUUUUGGCUUAUCUGUUGUGCUCUCGGGUUUGGAUUUGGAUUUUGGUCUCUGUGGCUUCCUAUGGGAGAGAAAAGCUUCCAGAUUGAAAGACGAGGGUCUGAUCUGUUAGCUCGUACUUGAAUUCAAUACGUGGCCUUGCAAGUGCUUGUCCCCGCUCCGGGGGAGAGGUCAAGACCCUGAGAUGAGGACGGCCUGCCCAGGAGGCUGGGGGACUGUACCUGGCACUAGGUACUAAGUAGGAAGCCCUCUGUGUGCUCUGCAGAACGGGGACGCUGCCCAGGAGGCUUAAGGGUGUGGGCCUUGAAGGAAGUGCAGAGCAGACGCUGGCCAGACGCAGCCAUGCUGGAGGACGAGGGCCAGGAGGGGCUGCCUCUGCUACCCCGCGUCAAGGUCAGAACAGGGCUGACGGACAGGCCUCGGGGCGCCUCGAGGAACUCUGGGUGAGGACGCUGGCCGCCGUGUCUCAGGGGCAGGGAUCGGGAUAGAUUGAAGGUGCUCACACAGGAGCAAGGCUUGGCUUGGGGCCCAGCACAGAGGAGGGUUCCCAGUACAGAUCAGGUGACUGCCACCCAGGUCAGUGAGCAGCUCAGAGCAGAGGCCCACAGAGCUCUUCUCCUGGCAGGACUCACUCUGCUGACUCCCUGCCCAGCACUUCCCCAGGCCGCCUCCCGUCCCACACCCUUUUGAGGUCCCCUCCCAGCCACCGUCAUUUCAGCCUGGUGGCCAGGAGAUGUCCCCACCAGCACAGAGGGGUCUGCCGGCCAGACAGCAUGAGGUGAAGGGCCACCUGGACCUCAGCUUCCUGGGACACAGCCGGCCAGUCCCGAGACACCACAUGUCCCCAGAGGUUCUGCCGUUCCUGGCGGUCCCCAGGCCACCCUCUCUGCAGGUCCCUGUGUGGUGGCGGUUCUACCAGCUGGUGGCCUUUUCCCUCACCCAUCUUUCCCCCACUUUCCUUCUGCUCUUUAUUUUUCUGCCCAGAAAAACCUGACUUCGAUACCAAAAAAGAUGAAACUACAGAAACUCAAAUUUUAAAAAAACUUAAAAAAAAAAAACUCAAUGAUUCUUUCAGCUUUAUUGACAUAUCCCAUUGUUUCUUGCGACUGUGUCUCAUUCUUUGUAGUAUUGAUGACGAACAUUUGAUAAUGAAUGUUCUUGUAUAUUCAGAUAAAGAAAAAACCAAAAAAGCGGUCUGAAUUUAAUAGUGUUUAUAAUAAAAAUUUUACAAAUGACCCUCAUAGCACGCGAAACAGGGCGAGGACGUCCCCUCCUCUCUGUGAUGUCGCGCAUCGUUCCUGCAUUUGUUUUUAACACCAAACUACCUGCGUUCCUCGUUCCCCACUUUUCUUUCGUUUCCUUGCAUUUGUGAGUUAGGUCAGGAUGCUAGGAGAGUGUCAUUGUGCACGUCCAUCUCUUGUUUCACGAUGUUUAAAAGUGACAGUAACUCAUUUUGUAAACUAAAAAAAAAAAAAGGUUGGAAUAGUGAACUUAAUAGUUACAACCUAACACAUCAUUGUUUAUUAACUUUGAGACCCAGAAAUA